AUGAAACAAAUAUCGAUAGUCGGGUUGUUUACGGUCCUUGUUAUAUACACUUUCUGUGGUUUGGAUUUUAAAAGUCUUGGACGACAUCAAUGGCGAUGCAAAGCGAAGCUCGGAGAUAAAGAUAGGGAUUCAUCAACUACAGCGAACGAACGGAACUCAGGGAUAUUAGAUUCGGAGCAAGACAAUUUAUUCGAUGGAGCGAGUGAGGUAUUAACAACGCAAGUUUCUAAUACGAGCGGUGUUAAAUGUGCGUGUGGUAAACAUUGCAAAGGUCUAAGAGGGUUGAAAGUGCAUCAACGAUCAUGCCGUUUCAUUGCUGGGCUUAAUGAAGAAAUAGCUACAAUGGAUGACGAGAGAAGCGAGGAAGGGGAAAUUGAUAUUGGUGAAUCUAUGCCACCUGAACAUCCGGAACUUAAACCAGGUAUAAAACUGCCAAAAUCAGAUAGUGAAUGGGCAAAUUCUGAUCUAUUUUUCAGGGCGGAACUAGCUAUGGACAGCAUGAACGACUUUAAUAUUAACAAUGUAAUUUUUUACAUGUCUAACAAAGUGUAUAAUUACUUCGCUGACAAUUUUGGUAUUAUUCAACGCACAAAGGAUGUAGAACCAAACAGUCUUUUGUUAAAAUACAAAGAAUUUUCGAAACAACAGCUCAAACAAGAAUUGAAAAAUUUGAAGCGGGACACUCAUGAGAAUUUACGGUCGAUUAAGUAUGUUGCUAAACUAUUGCGUGGGAAGCUUACUGGUAAACAAAGUGCAAAUGAUACCGGUAAUAGGGCGACCACAAUAACGAGAUUAAAAACAAUUUCUGGGCGUACACAAAAACGUUUCUAGAAGCUGAUGAAAAGCUAAAACCUGUAUUCAAUAAACUAAUUUGUACGGACUACUUUAAAACAUUCUUGAGAUGUAGCAACCCAAUGCGUCGUUUUAAUAUCCCAUCUUGGAUACCCCGAUUUAAAGAACCAGAUCAGGCUUUUGACGAUUCGCCGCCAACCUACCGGGAAAUUAGCAAGAUAAUACACAAAAUGAAAGCAAGCGGGUCUCCUUGCCCUUUAGACCAAAUUCCCAUUAUUGUUUUUAAGAAGUCACCCUACCUUCGAUCAUAUUUAACUAUGAUAAUAAGUAAGAUCUGGACAGCUGGAGAAAUUCCCAUAAUCUGGAAGAAAGCUGCUUCGAUCUUAAUCCAUAAGAGUAACUCAGUAAAUGAACCUGAAAAUUUUAGACCAAUUACUUUAGAAUCGGUUCACUAA